AUGCGGCAAAAUCGGCCCUGGACUAUGGACGAUUUUACAGCUAUCUUUUCUUGGUUUUUCUUGAGCGGAACAGUCUGGAUUUUAGCUGGGACUACUAGUUUUGUUAGUAUUGGAUUGUUUUUGGCAAAUUCGUUACAAUUUCAAGAAUGGAUGGCCAAUCGUAUUACACAAUACCUUACAUCUGAAACAGGAGCCACUGUUCAGUUUGAAUCUGUCACUAUUCCAUGGAGUGGAGGUAAAAUUCAAUUCAACAAUGUUCGAGUAUCACGUAUGCCUCGCUCAGAAAUAAGAAAAUUUGAAAAGCAUGCUGCUGCAGCGUUAGCAACAACAUCAACAUCAAUGACAGACACAACCUUUGCGCAUGAUAUUGAUACUGAUCCAAUGACCGAUAGCAGUUCUGAUAGAAAUAUCGACCAUAUGGAUGCUUCAGAUCCUUUAGCUGGUGUAGAAUUCGAUGAAGAUGAAAAAAAUAAUGAAGUCCUCAAAAAUUGGAUGUGGUUUGAUCUAAUGAUCGACAAAGUUGAAGUCAAAUUAAGCUUUAUGCGGUGGAUGGAUGGUAAAGGUUUGGUGCAAAGUGCUGAACUGCAAGGCGUACGUGGCGUUGUUGACCGACGUCAUGUCAGAUGGGAUCCUGACGUGCCUUAUGACCCCGUGGCCGCUCGACACAAGUAUACCCCUGGUGAUUUUGAGUUAGAAAAAUUCAUUAUUGAGGAUUUGCUAGUAACUGUAUACCAACCGAAUGGAUUUCGACCAUACCCAGUCUCAAUAUUCAACGCACAAUUGGACAGGUUUAGAAAACAAUGGUUGUUCUAUGAUAUACUUUGUGCCACUUCGAUUGUUGGCUCUUUUGAUAAAUGCCUGUUCAGUGUACAUUCACCACAACUGGAAAAAAGUGUAUUAGAACAAUCUGGACAUAUUGAUUCAUCUAAAAAGGGGUUCCGUAGUCAUGAUAUCUAUCAUUACUUCCAUAAUAAGAAGCCUGACCCUAAAGGUGUGCUUGUAGGCGGAGAAUCCAAACGAUUUGGUGUUCUUACAGAUGACGAUAUGAGAAAGCAAGGCUAUAAAAGAAAAUCUCGCUUAAGAAUUGAUGGAGUGAAUAUUGAUCAUAUCAACCGAGGUGUCGAUGGUCCACCUGGAUGGAUCACUUCAGGAACAGUUGAUGUCACUGCAGACAUCUACAUUCCUCAAGAAGCGGCGGAAGCAGAUUCAACUGAACUUUUAAGGAAACUUGUAUAUGAACUAACAGAUGGUAUCGAGCUUCCGCAACCUCUUAUAUUUGGAGCAGGCAGACAUUCUGACGUUUUGAUUGUUGGGGACAAUAAACAUCACGAAGACGAACAUGAUGAAAAAGACAAAUUAUCGGAGCAGCAAGAACAACGAAUGAAAAAAGCUACCAACUCCAUCGUCAUGAAUGACAAGAACACUGAAAAUGAUGUAGGAGAAGAGAAUACAAAUGCGAAAAAAUUUGUGAUGGAUAUGGAUUUCCGAUUCAAAGACACGAAAGCCUCUGUUCCACUGAAAACGCCAGAACUCAGUUACAUCAGUAAUGCAAUGGUGCGGCCUAUUGUAGGAUACAUUUCCCGGAACAAAACGAUCGUUCCUAUCAAAAUACGUAUCGUUAUGGAUCUGAGCAAUUUUGAUGGUGCUUGGACACUUUAUGACUCGACCCUAGGGCAAAGGAUGGCAGAAAAACUAGGCCAGGGUUUCGUUGAUUUGACAUUAGACCAACAAGAGAGGAACAAGAGGUUAAAACGUAUCGGCUUUUGGAGUAUGAAAGAAAUGUCAAGAAAUUUAUUAAGCGUUCAUGAAGUAUUGAAGGGAACGUCCCGUGGCUUUUGGAGUUACUUAGGAACAGCAAAUUAA